AUGGCGACCAUCAUCUCAACCAUCAGCACAUACUCCCACCACCUCAUCGACAGCAUCAAGGCCCGUCCGCGCAGUGCGGCUCUCACCUCCACCGCCGUUGCUUUGACGCUCUCUCUCGCCUGGAUAGUUCAGGACUUCCAUGACUGGAAAGCCUUCGGCACCGGUGGUACGCCACCCACUUGGGCAGGAUACUGGCGCAUGACCAAGCUUCGAAUCCACCGGAUGCUGCUGCUGGGCAAGGACGACCUUACCGACCCGACACCACUGUCAGGCUCAGGUCGCAGAUAUCUCGAUGCCGGCAGCAUCCCCGUACGCCAAGGGAGCAGGCCGCAGCUUGUGUCGCGCACGAUGCCACAACGCCAAAUGCCGUACAAGCCAGGCACCAUCGAGCCCGGAGUGGCAGAGAGAGUGAGCGAGAUGACGGCCACCUUCGCCGCAAAGUACCCGGACAUUCUGGACCUGAAGCCCAGCAAGACUGAAGGCGGAAGUGCCGAUGCUAUCUACGCAAAGCCCUCGCUACCGACGCUCAAUGAAAAGGCCAAGCACGACAGGAUUCUCACCAGUGAAAUUGCCCAUCACCACCCCGCCGAGUUAAGUUUCCACGUCUGGGUCAGCGAGGCCGAUGCGAAGACCAUCGUCGAGAAGAAAUGGGGCCAGCGCUUCCCGCUGCCUGGCGUCGACAAGGGCUGGGUCAUGUUGUAUACGCCGCGCACUGCAGCCGAGGUGGAUGUUGUCGAACGCAUAGUCAGGGCCGCCAUUGCCUGGGUCAGUGGUGUUGAAGUUUGA